AUGUCCCAACUCAAGAAAUGGGAACGAAAUCGAUUUCAACCCAUCGAUGAAAUUGCAGAACGUGUAUUUUUUGAAGUAUUAAUAUUUUGUAAAGAUGCUAAAUUGAAUUUAAAAGGACUAUAA